AUGCGGCUGUGUAAGAAGCAAGGCAUUCCCUUCCUGCCGUUCAAGCCUCUCAUUGGUCAAGCGCUCGACCUCUACCGUCGCACCCCGCACUCUUCCCCACCGUCCCCCAACCAAACCCCCUCUCCCGCCUCCUCCGCCUCCGCCUCCCCCUCCUCCGCGUCCCCCUCCCCUGAAUCCCCCCCCUCCACCCACGGCCCUGCUGUGUUGCUUCCGCGGCUGCACCUGUGGCGCGAGCAGUAUGGGGACGUGUUCGGGUUCACUGUAGGGGCCACGGUGCAACUGGUUGUAACGGAUCCUGCACUAGUGAGACAGGUUCUCGUAUCAAGAAGCGGGCGGGUCACCAAGACAGCAAGGGCGCGCAAGAUAAUGAGGCUGCUGGGCAACGGGCUGCCUCUCUCAGAGGGGUCGCUGUGGGCACGCCAGCGCCGCAUCGUCACCCCCGCCUUCCGCCCCGCUGCCAUCAGGCUGCAGCAGCAGAGCCAACAAACAGGACAAGGCAUGUUAUCAACCGAGCGUGCCAAGGAAGGGGGUGGGGAGGGAGCGCCGGAGAGAGCCUAUACCGAGCGUGCUUAUAAGGAGCGUUUAGGGCGUGCGUGUAUGGAGGUGGACGUGCAGGAGAGCAUGUCCCUCGUGGCUCUGGAUGUCAUUGGCCUCGCUGCCUUUGGCUCUGCUGUCACACACGAGGGGGGCGAGAAGGAGAGGAGACGGAAGGAACGGGGGGAAGGGGAGGAAAAGGGGCUAGGGAAGGAGGGUGGCAGCAACAGCAGCGGCAGCGGGGGCAGGGGCACCAGACCAGUGCAGGUGUACAAGGCGUUGUCGAAGCUGGCCGAGCUGGAUUCCAAGAGGGUCACCUCCUGGCGCUCCCUCGUGCCCUUCUAUGACAUCUUGCCAAUUCCCGAGAACUUUGCCCUCUGGGCAGCAGAAAGGAGCAUUCGCAACCUGACCCUGCACCUGAUUGGCAAGAGGCGGGCAGCAGCAGCAGUGCGUGCGGAGGAGGCAGCACAUGGAGAGCAGCAGGGGGGGGCAGCAGGGCGGGGUGCACGGGACCUGUUGGCGUUGAUGCUGGCAGCACAUGACGAGGCAGGCAACGAGCAGAUGACGGACCAGCAGCUCAUGGACGAGUGCAUCACCUUCCUCCUCGCUGGCCACAGCACCACGGCACACCUGCUGACGUGGACGUUCUAUCUUCUGGCGAAGCAUCCCGACUGGCAGGAGCGGCUGAGAGCAGAGCUCAAGCAGGCGCUGACUCAGCAGGGGGCAGGAGACACGUCAGCAGUCCCCACAGCCAGCACAGCAGCGGGAGCAGCAGACAAGGCAGGGUCAGAGGCAGGUGGAAGAUGGGAGGCGACGAGGGAGGGGGCGGCAGUCCCCUUCCUGGGCCGCACGUGCCAGCAGGUGUGCAUGCUGGGCCCAUAUGACGUGCCGCGGGGUGUGAACGCGCUGAUACCGGUGGCUCUAUUGCACUAUGACCCGCGCUACUGGGGCCCUCAAGCCCUCCACUUCAACCCCGACCGCUUCGCCA